UUAUCCUAGUGGAUCUAUAAUUAAACGGAUAAACUGGCAGUGGCACAUCCAACGUCAAGGAAAGCAAAAAGCUACUAUCAGGAGAGGGAGAAUGUUUUAGUGGUUAGCAGCAGUGUGCUAGACGAUGGCUCCCUCCAUGAGUUCACCACAGCUCAGCAGAACAUCACUGUAGCUUCUUCUGGGGAGAAAAACACUUAGAGAGAAAAUAAAGUUAACAGCUGAAAUUGCAGAAAAUAAUACAGUUAAAGAGCAGAUUGUAGAAGAAAGUAGUAGAGUGUGAAAAGUGGUCAGUUUGUCCUCCAGCAGUCUAAGCCUAUAGCAGCAUAACUACAGAGAUAACUCUGGAUAAUCUAUCCUAUUUAGAUGGAGGCAUGUUGGAGGCAGGGCAAGGGAGAGCCAUCUUUACCGACUGUACACUCCACCUCCCUCUUCUCCCCCACUUGUCCAGAUCUAGGCUAACAUCAGAUUUUAACCAUAGGCCCUAUCAAAUAAAAAUGUUUUAAGCCUAGUCUUAAAAGUAGACAAGGUGUCUGCCUCACAGACUAAAGCUGGGAGCUGGUUCCACAGGAGAGGAGCCUGAUAACUAAAAGAUCUGCCUCCCAUCCUAAUUUUAGAUAUUCUGGGAACCACCAGUAAACCUGCAGUCUGAGAGCGAAGUGCUCAGUUAGGAACGUGUGGAACAAUCAGAUCACUGAUGUAUGAUGGAGCUUGAUUAUUAAGAGCUUUAUAUGUGAGAAGAAGGAUCUUAAAAUCUAUUCUGAAUUUAACAGGUAGCCAAUGUAGGGAAGCUAAGACAGGAGAGAUAUGAUCUCUCUUUUUAAUUCUCAUCAGAACUCUAGCUGCAGCAUUUUGGACAAGCUGAAGACUUUUAACUACAUUCUGUGGACUUCCUGAGAGUAAUGAAUUACAGUAAUCCAGUCUUGGUGUAAUAAAUGCAUGAACUAGUUUUUCAGCAUCACUCAUGGAAAGGAUGCUUCUAAUUUAGCAAUAUUCCGAAGGUGGAAAAAGGAAAUCCUACAAACCUGUUUAAUCUGGGAUUUGAAUGACAUGUCCUGGUCAAAGAUAACACCAAGAAUCCUUACUUUGUUAACGGAGAUUAAUGUAAUGCUUUAACUAAGAUGCACUAAAGUGCCAAAUCAUUGAAUGCACGUGUCUACGGCACGAUUAGACACUCUGUGGAAGUCCUGCUAGCACGUCAACAAGGGUAUGGCUGUAGACCUGGAGAACACAGAGCAGAUUCACACCUGCAGCAGUAAAUCUGCAGGUCUUCGGGUCUGCAGCCUGAUCAAGUCUUUCUUGUCCUCACUGGUCGUGAUGCGUUUGAAUGUAAACAUCCGCUCCUUUAGAUCUCGAUCAGAUGAUGACAGCUUCAACACACCCCGCUGCUGAAUUACAGAAACGCACGCAUUUCCUUAUCGGUAACAAAAACUAUGUUAUGACGAAAGAAGACAAGAAAUAAUUAGAUUUACUGGAAAAACUAACUUCUCUUAGUAACACCGUUAUUUUAAACACUUAUUCCCAUCACUGAUGGUGGUGCAACAUACUGGUGAAGGUUCUCAGUCAUCCAGGUCAUAGUAAUCCAAAGGCGUUUGAAUGAAGGCAACCUGGCUUCUUUGGUUUCUUGAAGAACGUUUCGCUUCUCAUCCGAGGAGCUUCGUUAACUCUGAAUGGAAUGUGGGAGAGUCAAGCUUAUAAACUGUAGCUGCCUAUUGUUGCUAAAUGAGCAGAAACUACCUAUGAAUACCCCUCAUCCUAUCCCCGAUGAGUCUUCAGUGUCGUUAGCCUCUGGGGAUUGUUGUAUAUGGAAUAAAGAACAGUAGACAACUACAGUUUUAGGAUUGCCCCUUCCGUUUCAUGGAGAUGCAACACAUAAACCCCGCUGCUGUAAUGGCACGACUUUAUUUGAAUACAAUACCCACAUGGGGUUCGACUGUAUUCCCAGAGGUGACCGUUUAUUGCUCAUAGUGUGAAGUACCGCAGUGAUCCAACCAGCUUAAAGAGAGCAACCUUUUGACAUUGAAAACCCAUCUCUCGUUUAACAAAACUCAUGGACCCAUUAAUCUAUCCAACAUGCUCCGGUGAAGUGUCCUGGCUUGUCCUAAAACAGACAGCAGGGAUCCCUUCUCACAUUCAUCUGCUUAAUCUGGUUAACUUGAUUAAGAAAAGGGAUUAAAUACCAGAGGGUUGUCAAUUAGGUCAAGACUCAGAGAAUAAAGCUGGAGAAGGCGUACGUGCACACCCCGCACACACCAGCCCAUGUCGCCAUUGUUCAUUUCCAUUUCAAAACUAAUGACAUCACAUAAAACAUACGUUUUUACGCCUGGAGAACCGUGUUAAUACCUAAAACGCAUGCCCUUCACAUUUUAGAGACUUUUAAUUGUAUCAAUUAGAUUUAACAAUUAAAUCUAAGAAGUGUUAGUGCUUCGUGGUAGACAAAGUGACUUAUGGUGCUAAUGUUUUCACCUGUAAUCAGUGAAGAGUAAACCAUUCAGUUCAACUGUCGAUUGUUUCCCAGAAUGUCCAAAAGAUUGUGCAAAUGCACUUUAAAGGUUUGCUAAAUGUAUCUCCUCUUUCAUUUGUUGCUUCAGAAAGUAUUUGCUGUCCAACAGUUAAUGUGUUUGACUUCAUAUCCACAUCCUUUUCUAUCCUCUUUUCCUCACGGAUUUAGCCCGUCUUAAAUCUGUCUCGGGUUUAUUGGCGUUUAGUCUUACUGUCCUGUUAUGGACCAAGAGAGCAAGGGUUCCUCCUAAGAUGCUUAGGCUGCUAAUGGACUUUGCAAUGGUGGAGCUAUUUUAGGACGAACAACGGAGAGGAAAGUGAAAAAAUAGAGAGAGAAACGCUUAAAUGGACAAACAGGAAAUGAAAGAGCCAGUCUGGUGAGGAUACAGGGCCACUUCAUUUAGCUUUGGUUGGAAGUUUCUUCAUUUUUUUAAACCUAAUUUUGCCUGAAAACGACUACAUUGGUGCUGUCCAUCAUGACGGUACACUGAAGAGGGGACAGGGUCCACAAAAUAAUCAGUCAAGAAGGCAUGAGAGCAGAGAAGUGGGAGAGGAUGCUCCCACCAGCUGGUGGAGGAGGACCAACAGAGCGGAGCAGGAAGCAGAACAUCUCACCCCCUGAACCCGAAGGUGAAAGAGGAAUAGUUCCCAUGGCUCUCUGAACAAAAAAUGAAAUUGGAGCAAAGCAGUGGAUCGCCCUGCCUCUGUGGUACCAUCAUGAAUGAGAGCUGCAUAUAAAAAUGGAUGACAGCGACUCAGCACCGUCAAUCAGUAAGUAUCGAUAUCAAGAAGAAGGGGCUUCACCUGGCGCCCCAAGACUUCACCAUCAUACCUGCCCUCAGCACCCAAUGGGAAUAGUCAGAGAGCUGAGCGAAGGAGGAACUCUGGGGAGGGAUGGAGGGACUCUGGGGAGGGAUGGAGGGACUCUGGGGAGGGAUGGAGGGACACUAGGGAGGGACAGAGGGACAUGGAGAAGAGACGGAGGAGGUAUCGGAAGCAUGGAGAGAGAAAGGGAGCGGUCACUGGGCAGGGAUGGAUCUCUGGGUCACCGCGGUGACCUUCGAGGAGCAGAGCUGGUUCAGGUGGCAGAGCGACAGCUGUCCCAGAUUCAGCACGUCCAUGGAUACGUCACUCAUACUCACAUCGCACCUGCUCAGGUAGAAUCACCUGAGGUACCAUUUGAUGAAGAGGCGUGGCCUCUUGUGGAGGGAGAGAGGCAGAAUGAAGUUCCAGCCCCACCUUUCUCCUCCCUCUAUGCCCCAAGCCACGCCUACUAUCAGGCCAACCCCCCUCCAGUGGUGGUCAACACCAACAGCGCAGAUACCCCCCCAUAUGUCAAUGGAACAGAAGCAGACUACGAAUAUGAGGAAAUCACACUGGAGCGGGGUAACUCAGGCCUGGGCUUCAGUAUUGCUGGAGGCACUGAUAACCCCCACAUCGGAGAAGACCCCUCAAUCUUCAUCACCAAGAUUAUUCCAGGAGGAGCUGCGGCCCAAAAUGGACGUCUCAGGGUGAACGACUGCAUAGUGCGGGUGAACGACACCGACGUGAGGGAGGUGACUCACAGCGGGGCUGUGGAGGCGCUGAAGGACGCUGGAGGACUGGUCCGCCUGUGUGUACGACGCAGGAGGAGUCUCGCUGAGAGAAUCAUGGAUAUUAAACUGGUCAAAGGCCCCAAAGGUUUAGGAUUCAGUAUAGCAGGAGGAGUUGGAAACCAACACGUUCCUGGUGACAACAGCAUCUAUGUCACUAAAAUCAUCGAGGGAGGGGCUGCACACAAAGAUGGACGACUACAGAUUGGGGACAAGCUAGUUGCUGUAAAUAACUCAUGUUUGGAGGAGGUGUCUCAUGAGGAGGCGGUCGCUGCACUAAAGUCCACUCCUGAUGUUGUAUUCCUCCGUGUGGCCAAACACAGCACCAUGUUCAUCAACGACAACUUCCCUCCACCCGACGUCACCAACUCAUAUUCACCACAUCAGGACAACCAUGUGAGCCCCUACAUGAGUGGCAGCCAGUCUGUAAGCCCCGCCCCACUGACCACACCCAGGUACUCGCCGCUGCCCAGGACUCUGACAACAGAAGACGAUGUCCCCAGGGAUCCCAGGCGGUUGGUGCUGCAACGAGGCUCUACGGGUCUUGGAUUCAACAUUGUUGGGGGGGAGGACGGAGAGGGAAUCUUCAUCUCCUUCAUACUUUCUGGAGGUCCGGCUGAUCUCUGUGGAGAGCUUAGAAAGGGAGACCGCAUCCUGUCGGUAAAUGGGGUGGAUCUCACCACUGCAACACAUGAGCAAGCAGCUGCAGCCCUGAAGAACGCUGGGCAGACCGUCACUAUCGUAGCUCAGUACAGACCAGAGGAGUACAGUCGUUUCGAGGCAAAGAUCCAUGAUCUGAGGGAACAAAUGAUGACCAGCAGCGUCAGCUCCAGCUCCACAUCACUCCGCCCCACACAGAAACGCACACUUUAUGUCAGGGCAUUGUUCGACUACGAUGGAAGCGCGGCAGAUCUAACCAUGCCCAAUCAGCCCCUUCCAUUUCAUUUUGGGGACAUCCUCCACGUGAGCAGUGCCGGCGACGAGGAGUGGUGGCCAGCCCGUCACCUGAGCCCCCCGCCCCCAAACUGCCCUGAAGUGGGACUCAUCCCGAGCCGCAGGAGAGUGGAGAAGAAGGAGAGGUCGAGAUUAAAGAUGGUCAGAGUGACGAGAUCUCAAGACAGAACGGAUCAGGAUGAUAAAGCUGGCCAGGAGGAGAUCCUCCUCACGUACCAACCUGUCAUACAGCAGGAAGUUAAUUACACGCGGCCCGUCAUCGUGCUUGGACCGAUGAAAGAUCGGGUCAACGAUGACCUCAUCUCCGAGUUCCCAGACAAGUUUGGCUCCUGCGUCCCACACACAACACGGCCGAGACGAGACUACGAGGCAGACGGCAGAGAUUACCACUUCAUGUCCUCCAGAGAGCUGAUGGAGCGAGAAAUUCAGGAACACAAGUUCAUCGAGGCGGGACAAUACAACAACCACCUGUAUGGAACCAGCAUACAGUCUGUGAAAGAGGUUGCUGACAAGGGUAAACACUGCAUACUGGACGUGUCUGGGAACGCCAUAAAGCGUCUGCAGAUGGCCGGCCUCUACCCCAUCGCUAUCCUCAUUAGACCGAACAGUGUCGAAAACAUACUAGAGAUGAACAAACGUUUGACUGAGGAACAGGCGAGGAAGGCUUUCGACAGAGCUGUCAAGCUGGAGCAGGAGUUUGCAGAGUACUUUACCGCUAUUGUCCAGGGCUCAUCUCUUGAUGAGAUUUACUCACAGGUGAAACAGAUCAUUGAGGAGCAGUCUGGUCCUUACAUCUGGGUGCCCACCAAGGAGCGACUCUGAAUAAACACACACACACACACACACACGCGCGCACACACAUCACUCGCUCAUCACUUCCCACUUGUUCAUUUUUUAUAUUAUCAGCCUGCUUUCUCUCUUUUACAUUAACACAUGUAUUCACAAAAGCACAUGAAGUCAGCAAGGCUGGGACUUUCUGGGACCACUUCUUCCUGAACUGGGAGGGGCUUAUGUCUCUGCAGCAGCCUAUUGGUGGAUCUUCCUACAGCUCAGUUCCUUAAUGUUUAAGGAGUUGGUUCAAAUCAAAGCAACGUGUACCAUUCUCUAACUGAUUUCGUUACUGUUCUUCUUAUUGUUGUCGUUGUUUUCAUAUUAACAGAGUGAUGCAUUCAUGUAUGGUUUGUAAUGAUAAUAUUGUCACCACGAGGCAGACUUUUGCACGCUGUAGCUUUAAGAGCAUGUUUGUGGGACAAAGUCUUGAUCUUCUUCCUUGUCUGUCCUUCUAUCUACUAGUCUUUACUCAUGGCAUUUCUUUAUAUUAUUUCUAUGUCAUUUCUCAUCCUUUCACCCCAUCCUUCUCUCUUCUUAAAUUCCUAAACCUUUAGAUAUAAAGUGGAUUUUAUUAUUGUAAUAAUGUUGUUUCCGCAGCAAUUUUUGCAUUCAGGGCCAAAGUAUUGAGCAGCUACUGUUUAUCAAUGUAGCAAGAAAAAUAGAUGUAAUCAGUUCAGAGUUUCUGGGCUUGAAAACAAAGUAUUUAGUUUACAUUGCAGAAAGUAGAGUUAUACUACCAAAAACAACCUUUAUAAUGGUGGUGGAGACAAUUUAGAGCUUCUAUUUUUGGGACUAGUUACUUUCUGUUGUGAAAAAAAGGCAUUAAUUAGAUAUGAAGUGAUUCCCCCCCCCCAUUGUAAUGUUUUAAUGCUUUUCAGUUUGACAACAUUUGUUGCACUGGCCGCUACUUUAAAUACACAACCUACAGCCCCACUUGCAAUUUUUUUAUUUUUUUAUUUAUAGCUGUCUGUUGUUGACAUCGUUGGAAAUGCUCAGUCCUGAUGUUAAACUCUUGUUUCACUCACGAUAAAUAGUUCAUUUUAGAGUCGAAUGGUUCAAAACUUUGACUUUUAGAAGAGUUUUCAGAGUUUUACCAAGUCUCUGAGAGGUCAUCUCAAGAGCAGCCAAUCAGAGAUCGAAGAAAUGAUGAAAAGCAACUAAACUCAAAGCAAACUUUGCUAAAUAUUUAUUGAAAAGAUUGAAAUAAAUGGUUAAAACAAUCUUUUUUUUAUUUUGGUUAGUGAACAUUUAUCAAAGUAAAACAAAAAUAGUCAGUAGUUUAUAAGUACAGGCUCAGAUUCUCCAAUAUUAAUCUUCUUAAAGAGUCUUCCUCCCACGACGGCUUCUCUGCCUCACUAGGAGUCCUCCAUCUCUUGUCAUCUCCUCUCCAACCCGGUGUGGCGUCACUUCAGCUCUUCCACAUUAAAUAGUGUCUCAUCUCCUUAAUCUAUGCUACCAUCACAAUCAUAAUCAUCAGCAUCAUUGUUACAGCUUUCCGUCUCGCUGUAGUCGCACUGAUGAGGGCUGGUUUUCUAAAAGCAUCACGUGUGACAGGAGUUGAUGCAGUCUGUUCACGCUCACCUGUUUUACAGUGCGUAUUAAAUAUCAGAGCAGUUUUAUUUACAGCCAGUUUGCUAAAUGUCUAAGAAGUCACACGUAAUCCACUGGUGAAUGUUAAUCCACCGCACGACAUUUUUAGCCAACGGUUUUGGAUGAGUUGGAACUUUUAGUCUUUGUGAGCAUGUGGGACCUCAGCACUCCACGUGAUGUUUAAUUUUCCAUCCUUACUUCACACUUCAUGUCUUUGCUUAAAUAUCUAUGGGAACCUUUUAGCUUGUUAAGCUCAAUGUGCUGGGGUCAUAAAUCGUAAUAACCUGAAAUGUGAUGAUAAUCUAAUGUCAAGUGUAACAUUCAAGAUGCUUUUGAUGACACAGCCCCCUGUAUGGACCUCGUCAGCCACCCACUCCCCAUUUCCACCUCCAACCCCGAGGCGACUCCUCCAAGCUGGCUGGAGACCAGAGACGUACAGGAAAACGGUUCUGUCAACUAAUAAACCUCCAAAUUCUAAAUAAAUGUGAUUCCCCAUUUUCCCAUUUCUACCCUCCCGACGCACCGGUAAAUGUUUGCCAUUCACUGGUUGACAGAACUGGGAUCUGUGUGGCUCUGGCUAUGUGUUGUAGCCGGGGGACCCAUGCCACUGUCCGAGAGUAAAGCACCGAUGCAAAGAAUCUGUUUGAGAGAUGGAUCUAUAUCUAACAUAUUAUAAUAUUUGUCCCUGCUCUAACUGCCUAUUUUGGUACAAAUAAAAAUAAAAGUCUUUAAUGAGA